GGACCAGGGAGGGUCCUAUCUGCCUGACUCUCCUUCCCUCAGCAAAGUCUCUCCUGUCACACCAUCUCAGUGCUACAGACUCCAACUGUGACCAUGUCUGUCAGAGCCGUGAAGACCACCACCUACUCCACCCUGUCAUCCUCCUCCAGGGGCCCGACCCAGGGCUUCAGCAGCCGCUCCUUCUCCGGCUAUGGAGGCCAUGGUGUGGGUAGUGCCAGGCAGAGCUACGCUGUCCGCAGCUCCUAUGGGGGAGUGGGCAGCAGUGGUGCUGCCGUGGGUGCUGGGGGGUUUAAGGUGGUCGGUGGGUACGUUGCUGGGGGGUCUGCACAAAGAGGAGGUGGAGUAGAGUUUGGCUAUGUGGGCUACGGUGGAGGUGUGGGAGGUGGCAUGGCCAAUGAAAUGAUGGCCCCCAUCACUGCGGUGACUGUGAACAAGAGCCUGCUGGCCCCCCUGAACCUGGAGAUUGACCCCACCAUCCAGGCGAUCCGCACCCAGGAGAAGGAGCAGAUAAAGACCCUGAACAACCGCUUUGCUUCCUUCAUUGAUAAGGUUCGCUUCCUUGAACAGCAGAACAAAAUGCUCGAGACCAAGUGGAAACUUAUGCAGGAACAGACCACUUCUCGCUCCAACAUCGAUGCCAUGUUUGAAGCCUACAUUGCCAACCUGCGUAAACAGCUUGACAACUUGGGCCAUGAAAAAGUCAAACUGGAAUCUGACCUGCAUCACAUGACAGGCCUGGUUGAGGACUUCAAAACCAAGUAUGAGGAUGAAAUCAACAAGCGCAAUGAGUUUGAGAACAACUUUGUCCUCAUAAAGAAGGAUACAGAUGCAGCCUACAUGGUCAAAGUGGAGCUGGAAGCCAAACUGGACGGACUCUCUGAUGAGAUUGAGUUCUUGAGGCAGAUCUACGAUGCUGAAAUCUGUGAGCUCCAGUCCCAGAUCAAGGACACAUCUGUUGUGGUGGAGAUGGACAACAGCCGUAACCUUGACAUGGACGCCAUCGUCGCUGAAGUGCGUGCCCAGUAUGAAGAUAUCGCCAACCGCAGCAGAGCAGAGGCUGAGUCAUGGUACCAGACCAAGUAUGAAGAGAUGCAGCAGUCCGCAGGCAGAUAUGGUGACGACCUGAAGUCAACCAAAGCGGAGAUUGCUGACAUGAACCGCAGGAUAAUGAGGCUCCAGUCUGAAAUUGACAUAGUUAAAGCACAGCGAAACAGUUUGGAAACUCAGAUCGCAGAGGCCGAGGAGCGUGGCGAGCUGGCAGUGAGGGAUGCGAAACUUCGCAUCAGAGACCUGGAGGGAGCUCUCCAGAGAGCCAAGCAGGACAUGGCCCUGCAGGUCCGCCAAUACCAGGAACUGAUGAACGUGAAGCUGGCCCUGGACAUUGAGAUCGCCACCUACAGGAAGCUGCUGGAGGGAGAGGAAACCAGGUUAGCAACUGGAAUCAAGACCAGUGUAUCCAAGCAGACUUCUGUGAACUACAACGCCUACGGCCUAGAGAGCUCCCGCACCCCGUCCUACGUCAGCUGCUCCUUUGGUGGACUCAAAGCGGGCAGCAGUUCCAUCACUGCCGUCGAGGGAGCAGCAGUGAAGAGCACCACGGUCACCAAGACAGAAACUGUGGUGAUCAAGGCCGAGGAGAAGAAGGAGGAGAAAGAGGAGGAGAAGAAGGAGGAGGAGCAGGUAGCAAUCGAGGCUCCGGCUGCUGAGGAGAAGAAGGAGCAGGAGCAGGAGCAGGUGGAGGCUGAAGCUGUGGCUGAGGAGUGAUGUUUUCAGAUUCAUGAUUUUUGCCCUUAGAACACACUCACUCUGCUUUAUCAUCCAGUUCUUUAAUGGUUCAUUCACAAAGUGCCUUCACCAAAUAUUGGGUGUGUGUUUACUGUAAGAGGUGCAAACACUUUCAGCCAGAUAGCCUCAGUGAAGAGGUGCUAAUGGAUGAGUCCUUGUUCAGGCUUCUGAAAGUUAAUUAGUUCUUUACUGUCAACUGUAGUCUGAGUCGCUGCCGGGGGUUCAGUGAUAUCUGCACCACACUUGUUUAGCCAGCAGGUGGCACUGUUGUGUGUGUUUUCCUCUGCUGUUCCUUCUGGUCCUUGGACCAAUGCAAAGCACUGUGAAACCUGUAACUUAGGAUUUGAUCUCUUUUAAUAUGAACAAGUUUUGGAAAAAUACACCAACCAUCAACACACAAAACACCUUGUGCUAACCCUGCUGUACCAAAACAAUAAAAUAUAAAUGACUCAUAA